AUGGGCGACACUAUCAAAAUCGACAGUACAGCCUUCUCGAAUCGCCUUUCCAGCUUCUAUUCAGCAUGGAAGGCGGAUAAGAGGUCGGGAAACCAGGUCUUUGGCGGCGCUUCAUCGAUCGUGAUCCUCAUGGGCAAGACUGAGGACACCAAUUCAUUCCAGAAGAGUAAUGCAAUGCAUUUCUGGCUCCUUGGUUAUGAGUUCCCUGCUACCCUUUUCCUCUUUACCACUGAGGCGAUGUAUGUGGUUACUACGGCAAAGAAAGCCAAACAUCUCGAGCCACUACAAGGCGGCAAAAUUCCAAUCGAGCUAUUAAUCACGUCCCGCGAUGCAGAGCAGAAGACAAAGAUUUUCGAGAAAUGUUUGGAUAUAAUUAAAAAUGCCGGGAAAAAAGUUGGAACCUUACCGAAGGAUACCUCAUCCGGCCCGUUUGCCGAAGAAUGGAAGCGAAUGUUUGGAGAUAUCUCAAAGGAUGUGGAGGAAGUUGACAUCAGCCCCGCGUUAUCAGCUCAUGCUUUCUCGGUUAAAGGGCCAGAAGAAUUGACAUCAAUGCGGAAUGCUGCCAGAGCUUGUUCUGGCUUGAUGUCGGAAUACUUUGUGGACGAGAUGUCGGAGCUUCUUGAUGAGGAGAAGAAAAUGAGCCACAAAACACUGUCUGGGAAAAUUGAGGCCAAAAUCGAUGAUGCAAAGUUUUUCAACAAGCUGGCUAAAUUGCCAACUGGAUUCGACGCGCAGCAGAUUGACUGGGCUUACGGACCAGUUGUCCAGAGUGGUGGCAACUAUGAUCUCAGAUUCUCUGCCACCCCUGAUGAUAAAAACCUAUCUCCUGGUAUCAUAAUUGCAGGGUUUGGUAUUCGUUACAAAACCUAUGCAGCAGCCAUUGCACGAACAUUCUUAGUCGACCCUAGCAAAUCUCAGGAAGCCAACUACGGCUUCCUCCUCGCCAUAUACGAUGCAGUCGUGAAGGACAUCCGAGAUGGAGCCGUCGUCAAAGAUCUGUACAACAAAGCGCUGGGCAUGAUCAAAGCAAAGAAGCCAGAGCUGGAAAAGCACUUUGUGCGCAACAUUGGUGCCGGAAUUGGCAUUGAGCUGCGUGAUGCUAACAUGGUCCUUAAUGGAAAGAAUACCAAAACACUCAGAAGCGGAAUGACGCUGUGUGUAUCUAUUGGUUUCACAGACGUUACUGACCCGGACCCUCAGGACAAGAAGAAUGCAGUAUACUCAAUGGUAGUCACUGACACAAUCCGUGUCGGUGAGAGUGGCCCACUCGUUUUUACAAAAGAUGCGGGGAUUGACAUGGACUCCGUCUCGUUCUAUUUCGGUGAUGAGGAGGAAACCCAGAAGCCAAAAAAGAGCCAGGGCGAGAGCACGAGAAGUAGCACCAUUGUCAGCAAGAACAUCAUCCAGACGAAGCUGCGAGCUGAGCGUCCAACCCAGGUCAGCGAUGGUGCCGAUGCGCGUCGGCGCGAGCAUCAAAAGGAAUUGGCUGCAAAGAAGAACAAAGAAGGCUUGGAACGUUUUGCUGGUACCAAGGGAAACCAAAAUGGGGUUGCCCAGAAGACUUUCCAGCGUUUCGAAUCGUAUAAGCGAGACAGCCAGCUUCCUUCUCGCGUUAAGGACUUGAUUAUUUACGUUGACCACAAAGCUGCAUCAAUUAUUGUUCCUAUUCUGGGGCGCCCCGUUCCUUUCCAUAUCAACACUAUCAAAAAUGCUAGCAAGAGUGACGAAGGAGAAUAUGCUUAUCUGCGUAUUAACUUCUUGUCUCCUGGCCAAGGUGUUGGAAGGAAGGAUGACCAACCAUUCGAGGAUGCUUCCGCACAUUUUGUGCGAAACCUUACUCUUAGAUCCAAGGACCAUGAACGUUUUGCUCAGAUUGCAAAGGAUAUAACCGAGCUUAGAAAGAAUGCCCUACGACGAGAGCAGGUGAAGAAACAGAUGGAAGAUGUUGUGGAGCAAGAUAAACUUAUCGAAAUAAGAAACCGCCGACCAAUUAAGUUGCCGGAUGUUUACCUUCGACCACAACUCGACGGUAAACGUGUACCGGGAGAGGUUGAAAUUCACCAGAAUGGUCUCCGUUACCUGUCUCCUCUCCGAAAUGACAAUGUUGACGUCCUGUUUAAUAAUGUCAAACAUUUGUUCUUCCAGCCCUGUCAACAUGAGUUAACAGUCAUUAUUCAUGUCCAUCUUAAGACACCAAUUAUGAUUGGAAAGCGUACUACUAGGGAUGUCCAAUUCUACCGCGAGGCCACAGAUAUGCAAUUCGAUGAGACUGGCAACAGACGCCGAAAACACCGAUAUGGAGAUGAAGAAGAAUUCGAGGCUGAGCAAGAAGAGAGGAGACGCAGAGCUGCUUUGGAUCGAGAGUUUAAGGCCUUUGCUGAGAAGAUCUCUGAUGCUGGAAAGGAUGAGGGCGUUGAUGUUGAUAUUCCAUUCAGAGAAAUCGGUUUUACUGGUGUCCCUCACACUUAUCGAUCCAACGUCUUGAUCCAGCCAACUACUGAUGCAAUUGCACAACUAACGGAGCCCCCGUUCCUUGCGUUGACUUUGAGUGAGAUCGAAGUUGCCCACUUGGAGAGAGUACAGUUCGGCCUUAAAAAUUUCGAUCUCGUCUUUGUUUUCAAAGACUUCCACCGCACACCAAUGCAUAUCAAUACCAUCCCUAUGGAAAAUCUUGAAGGUGUCAAGGACUGGCUAGACUCCGUCGAUAUCCCAUUCAGCGAAGGCCCUCUCAACCUCAGCUGGGGUGCUAUUAUGAAGACUGUUACCAGUGACCCAUAUGGUUUCUUCCGCGAUGGUGGUUGGUCAUUCCUCGGUGGUGAUUCAGACUCUGAAGGAGAGGAUGAAGAGGAAGAAUCAGCAUUCGAGAUUUCCGACUCCGAAGUUGCAGAAGAUGAAAGCUCGGAAGAAGAGAGCGGCUAUGAUGACGACGAUGCCAGUGAUGAGAGUGAGGCAGCAAGCGAUGACGAGAGUGAAGAGGGUGCUGAUUGGGACGAGUUAGAGAAGGAAGCUAUUAGGAAAGAUAAGGAGGCUGCGAGAGCAGGGUAUGAAGACAGGGAAAAAGCGAAGAAGAGAAAGCGUUAA